UGGCAUUUAUCAAGGAGGUUAUGAGCCCGGGAAGCUUGGAAACCACCCUCACAAUCCUUUCCCUGCCAUAAACUGCUGAAGGGAAGCGCUUUCCAGUAGCACUGACACCAACUGCUUUGCCAAAGCUGCCUGGGUCUGGGGGAGAUCUUGGCACCGCGCCCGAUGGAAGCUGCCGCCCGCAAGGAAACCCCGAGGCGUGCUCGGGCGAGCUGCUGCACUGCUCGUGACAUCCUGAGGCUGCUGAUGGAGCCCGACGGCUCGGGACGGGGCUGCAGCUGCCUGUCGCUGCUGCGCGCACGCUGCUGACUCAGAGCCGAGCGCCGGCAGCCCACGGAGCGAGCAAGGAGCCGGGCUUGGACUUUGUCCCCGGGGUGUCAGAGCCUUGUGCCGGCACCUGUGGGACGCCAGGAGGGCUGAGUGCCCCCCAGCAGGGACCUAGCGAUUAGCACUGGGGAUAUAUGUUACCACUUUCAGUUUUUUCUUUCGGUUUUUCAUGAGAAGAACAGACUGCGGCCAUGCAGACGGAAGCAGACUGCCUGAGCCCAGAAGCUCAGAAACUGGCUGAAGCGAGGCUGGCGGCGAAGCGAGCAGCGCGGGCAGAGGCACGGGAGAUCCGAAUGAAGGAGCUCGAGCGGCAGCAGAAGGAGAUUUAUCAAGUUCAGAAGAAAUAUUAUGGUCUGGAUACUAAAUGGGGUGACAUCGAGCAGUGGAUGGAAGACAGUGAGCGUUAUUCCCGUAGAGCCCGAAGAAAUGCCUCGGCUUCGGAUGAAGAUGAGCGCAUGUCAGUGGGUAGCCGUGGAAGCCUGAGGUCUCACUUGGAGUAUGCCAGCGCCUAUCCAGUGGCUGGAUUAGAGAAUGAGAGGACCAAAAGGAAGAACUACUCCAAAGCAACUAAUGGUUAUGAGGAAGACAUGUACGGAUCGUCCCAGAGUAGAAAAUCUAGCAGGGCUUCCUACUAUCCCGACCUGGGCCUCCACAACACUGGCUACGCUUCCACAUCUCAGCCUUCCUCCCAAAAUGGAAAUUUGGCGUCUGUGUAUGACGAGAGCGUUUACAGUGGGAGCCGUCGGUAUAGUGCCUCUAGUUCUCGUGCUCCUUCAGAGUACAGCUGCUACCUUGGGUCAGGAUCUCGGGCAUCCUCAAGAGCCAGCUCUGCUCGAGCCAGUCCGGUGAUCGAGGAAAGGCCAGAAAAAGACUUUGAGAAGGGAGCACGAACUGUCUCAAGUUUAUCAGCAGCUACGUUAGCUUCUCUAGGUGGGACAUCUUCACGAAGAGGCAGCGGGGAUACAUCCAUCUCAGCAGAUACGGAGGCGUCUAUUAGAGAAAUAAAGGAUAUCUAUGAGUUAAAGGACCAGAUUCAGGAUGUAGAAGGCAAAUACAUGCAGGGACUGAAAGAAAUGAAGGACUCUUUAGCUGAAGUUGAAGAGAAAUAUAAAAAGGCUAUGGUGUCAAAUGCUCAACUAGACAAUGAAAAAACAAAUUUCAUGUACCAAGUAGAUACCUUGAAGGAUGCCCUGUUAGAGUUAGAAGAACAGCUGGCAGAAUCCAGGAGGCAAUAUGAAGAAAAAAGUAAAGAAUUUGAGAGAGAGAAGCAUGCUCAUAGCAUAUUGCAGUUUCAGUUCAUGGAAGUCAAAGAGGCUUUGAAGCAAAGAGAAGAAAUGCUUGCAGAAAUCCAACAGCUGCAACAGAAACAGCAGAGCUAUGUCAGGGAAAUUUCUGAUCUUCAGGAGACAAUAGAGUGGAAAGACAGAAAAAUAGGGGCAUUAGAGAGGCAGAAAGAUUUCUUUGAUUCCCUAAGGAGUGAGCGGGAUGACCUUAGAGAUGAAGUGGUUGUGCUGAAGGAGCAACUGAAGAAACAUGGAAUAAUCCCAGACUCUGAUGUAGCUACCAAUGGAGAGACAUCUGACAUACUUGAUAACGAAAGACACUUGGAUUCUUCCAAAACUGUUCAAGGCACAACGCAGGCGUUAAAGACAGCAGGGGACGGAAUGUUAGACAGGCUGAGGAAACUCAUUGAUGAACGGGAAUCCUUACUAGACCAGGUUAAAAAAUUAAAGGGUCAACUGGAAGAAAAGCAAAAGAAUGGCAAGAUGGAGAGUGCACAACCAGAAGAUGAAGUUCUGGAAAAUGGGACAGAUGUGCACAUGAUUGACCUCCAAAGAGAUGCCAACAGACAGAUCAGUGAUCUCAAAUUUAAACUAGCAAAGUCUGAGCAAGAGAUAACGGCAUUGGAGCAGAAUGUAAUACGAUUGGAAGGUCAGGUAGCCCGAUACAAAACUGCUGCUGAAAAUGCUGAAAGAGUAGAAGAUGAACUGAAAGCAGAGAAACGCAAACUACAGCGAGAGCUUCGUUCCGCUCUGGAUAAAACUGAAGAGCUCGAGGUCAGCAAUGGCCAUCUAGUAAAACGCUUGGAGAAGAUGAAAGCCAACCGGAGUGCUUUAUUGUCACAGCAAUGACUGACGCCUUUCAACGGAAACGACUACUUGACAGAAUCAGAACAACACUGCAGAUGCUUCUGUCUCUCGCUGUCUGGGAUGCUUUGCGUCAUGCCUUCUGACAUCAGACAACCGCAACACUUGCUACGUGCCACCCAGUCGUGGUUCUCUCUACGCAGAUUCAAACCUACUGCACUAUUUGCAUAGGAGUAGCUGAUCCAAAUGGCUGUGCCUGCGGGGGCCCUUCUACAUACUACUUUGGGUACGCUUGGCAUACGGUAUCCAUAUACCACAUAAGAAGCACAUUGGGGCGCCGUGUUAAGUUCUCCAUCCAGAAGGCACAGCAGCCGUUUAUUGCCAUUUAAAAUGGCAUUCAAAGAAAAAAAAAAAAAAAAAAAUUUAGCUGGACUGGAAUUUUGUGUCUUGAUGAAAACUUUAAAAAAAAAAACAACACUAAGUUUUAGACUUUCUCAUGACAAUAUCUGUAAUUUAGUGACUACGGUAGAGUUAUUCAUAGUAGGCUUUUUCAUUUACAAAUCACUGUGGAACCACAAGCCAUUACAAAGCAAAACUCCUUCAGUGGAAACCAUGGAAGAAGAUGGUCUUGGAAGCAAAAGUGACCUUAAAUGACUUUGCCAAUAAAACAAAGGUGUUUGGAGGGAUUUUUGCACCAGUUGAAUCGUAAGACUAUUUUAUUUCAGGGUAAAUAGGCAAUAGCUUCAUUGGAUUUCAAAUCUUAUUUGUAUUAUUUAAUCCCUGCUCUUUGAAUUGAAGUAAAAUACUUCUAAAGGAUGUAAAGUUGCAUUAAUAAACCAGCAUAAGGCCAUGUUUUAAGAAAUGGUGGGCUUUGCACUUACAUCACUUCGGUGCAUUUGUCAAAUCAAGUGUCACUUGCUUAAACAAAAUACAUACUGGGUUUUUUACAUCAGAAACUGUCUACUGGUCCAUGAACUGCUAGGAAACUAUGCCACUACCAAAUGCAAGUCUCAUCUUAAAAAAGUAACUGAUAAGUAAAGAAGCACUUUAGAAAAUAUAACUGCAUAUGUUUUUUCUACAAAUGCAGAAAUAGCGAAUUAUUUCCUUCUGAAGUUACUGUAAAGGUUUUCCACUUUUCAUGAAAAAAUAAUAAACUGCCUGCAACAUUUUAAUUGGUUAUACACAACUAGCACUACAGCUCUGUUUAUUGGAAAUGAUUCUGAAUGUACUACUCAAAGGAGAACAGCAGUUACCUGAGGAUGAAGUCUGUCCCUUUCAGCCCUAACCGAAAGCUCACAAGUAACGCAGGUGACUGAUCCCUUCGCAAUCUGCUCCCAGCAUAGAGCAGAUUCCUGGCAAACAGGAGCAACCUUCUGUUGAUACGGUUCUGUUAAGCCAAAUCCAGACCCCAGGAGACCAUUUCUUCCUAACUUGGACUUUCUGGGUCCAGAUCUUUUCCUAGCCUCUUCCUCACAGACUAGAGGUUGGAGUAUAAACCGCUGCUAUUUUCAACAUCAGGGGAUUGCUGGCAUCUUCUUAGAGCACCUUCGCAAAUUACAUAAACCAAAACCAGUAUCUGAAUGUGUUUCUGUGGUUUGGCUAGAAAAUAACACCUUCUUCUUCACCUUUUCUGGGUGGGCCCUGAAAUUUAUUAAUGAAGUACUGAAAAUAAUGUUCCAGGAGGAAGAAGGUUUUUUGUGCCCCUGGGGAAAUAAGUAUGUCUUUGUUGAUCAAGUGGGGUAGAACGUGGGGAUUAAAGGAAUCUUAAACUUCAACUCCAGCUAGGACUUUGAUUUUUUUUUUCCUUUUUUUUUUUUUUGAGGGGAACAUUCAGGUGCAGAGCCAUGUUUCUUGUGUAAUACCUCAAAAUCGCUGUGGAUACCAAUUUACAACUUUCUGUGGUUGACUCAUGUAAUUUCUGGUGUACAAAGCCUCUGGGGCCUAAAAAAUGAAUUAAGUUUUUAUUUUUUCUGAAUGCAAAUAAACAUUCUAAAUACAACAUCAUACUAACCGAUGAUGAGGAGUGCGAUUGCCACCGGUCAUCUUUUUGGUUGUGGUAGUGGUGAAAACUUCCCUGGCACAAUUCAGGAGAAACGAACUAGCAACAAAAUGUUGGUCCAAAAGGCUGAAAGUAAUACUUUGCUCAUCAAGAAGUGAUGUGUUUAUUAAGUAGAUUGCAUCUUGCACCCCAUAAACAUUAACCUCAUGACAAAUCAGAUGUGUAUUUCAACCUGGUUAUGCUCUUAGUAGAAAUAUUUGUGUGUGAUGAAGUAGCUGAAUGUGGAAGCCGCAUUUUUCCCCCUAACUUUCAGUAUGACUUAGCUUUAGAAUAAGGGAAGAAGUACCGGUAGGUUUAAUGAAACUGGUUUAUGUUUUCCUGUGAAGAAUGUACAACAACAGGGCUUUGAAUGGUAAUAAUAGCACAUGCCCCAGUCCUUUUAAUUGAGCUCCAAACAGGAGAGCCUCUGUGCCCAGCCUGCUGACUCGAAGCAGAGCCAAGCGGUGGCAGCCUGGCGAGGAACGGCUCCGGGGAGAACCAGGAUGAGCUUUCCUAUAAAUUGUAUUUAAAACUGCUAUCCUUUUGUUUUUGUUUUUAAAUGUUCAAUAAUUUUAUUGUUUGCCAAUGGAAUGUUACCCGAAAUGUUUGUUGGUUUGUUUGUUUGAAAACAAAUCUGCCAGGAGAUGGGAGCGUGGAUUAGGAAAUUCAUCAGCAGAAUUUGCCAAUAAAAAUGUCACUUUUCGGGUA